GCUGACGACUAAUCGGCUACCUUUUCAUUUUUCAUGGAAAGUCGACGAGUGAAGUAUACAAUAACGACAUACAAAUAUAAUAAAUCUUUUAAUUUAGACGUAUUCAAUAAAUAAAUGAUACUUCAAUGAAAAUAAGCUUUUUAUGUUUUUGACUGUAAAAAUUAAUAAAAAAGACAUAACUAAUUAAUAAAAAUAUUAUUUAAAACGAAAAAGAUAAAAUAGUCAACAGUGAAAAAUGGUUUUGUUAAAUUAUUUUAUUUUGUCCAUCGUCAGUUUCGUGAUUAUUUACUUGACGUUUUGUGAAUCAGCAACAAUAAGGACGGAGAUCGAAUCAGCAAAUGAAUCACAAUUUAAAUUUUUUAUGGCGAAUCAACGAAGUUCAUUCGAAUCCAGAAGCUGUGGUUUAGAUAUGCCGUGUGGUUGGCUUGAAUACAGAUUGAAUUCCUUUGGUCAAAAAACUUUAAAAAGUUUUCUUUUGGGCAGGUGUAAAUGCGAUGUUACAAGUCGUUGCGUACUUUCCGGUGAAAGACUCAGCAGCCAAGUAUUUGUGUAUCAAUGUCGUCCAAAUAUAACAGUUGAUGAUAAAUUUGCGCCGGAUCAUGAUAUUUAUACACCAAAUGAAGAUCUAUAUAAACUCUAUAGAGAUAUUAUCCGAUAAUAACAAUUAUAAAUUUCUAGUUAAUUAACUUAAUAUAUCUUUUGUUAUUAAGUACAUGGUUUUAUUUAAUUACGAGUAAUUAAAUAAUCAAAAUGUUUCUUCACAAAAUGACUGACUAGAGUUCAUCGGGUUACUAAAAUUUUUUUUUUCUAUUUCAUCAAAAUUUUUUAGAGUAUUAAGUGACAAAAUAAUUAUAUUUCAUUCUGAUAUAAUAGUUUGACUUCUUUACAGCAUUUAUAAGACGAUGAAUCUUCAUAGGAUUCAAAAAGCUGAUGAUUUUGAUAAGAUAUUUCCUAGUAUUUUUAUAAAACUAUGAUGACGUGACUUUUUAAUAUUGCGUUAUUAAUUUAUAUCAUUGAUUUAAUACAAUUAUUAUUAUUAUUUCUAUAUAUAUACAUGUACAUAUUAAAGUCACAUGUCUUUUAAUCAGAUUAAUUAUAAACUUUAAAAUGACUUUUUCAUCAAUUAAAAAGAAUACAGCCGUCUUGGUUAAAUGAAAAUAAAUUUAUAAAAUUACUUAUGCAAUUAAAGUCUGAUUUUUUUUUUAUCAUUAAUUCAAAUAGCAGUAACAGUAUUUUAAUUAAUUUAAAUAAAUAUAUUUGACUGAUUGCAUUAUACAAUGUAAUUUAUUUUUCAUUAUAAAUAUUCUAGCUUGGAAUAUAAAAAAAAUGGUUGUAUAUUUAUAACAAUGAAAUAUUUUAUAAAACAAUAUUAAUUAUCUGUAUGUAAUAAAUAACUGUAAGGUCAAUUUACUUUUAUUUUAUAUUUAGCGCUAGUAAUUGUGUAUUA